CCGGCAUCAGAACACCAUAUUAAAAGUUCAAAUCGUUCAAAAGCUGUGUUGUUGAUCUCGACUGGUGGUGAGGUAUCCUUGGUGUUCUCGGCAUAAUUAAGGUAUAAGAAGAGCGCACGUUGGCGUUCACUUCGUGUAUCUGCAUAAACACAGGUACCUGGUACCUGGGAUGUUGAAGCUGCCGUCUUGUCAAUCGCAUUCACGACGAACCUUCAAAACCCCCCCUUAAAUUUCUCGCCAUGACCGCCGUCCCCAAAGCCCCCGAGGACAUCCUCGCCACCGGCAUCAUGCACCCCGACUUCGAAGCCGCCUGGAAAGCCCGCGGUUCUCCGCCCGGCUCCAUGCCCGCCGAGGUCCCCACGCUCAAGCGCAUCGUCGAGGGCAGCCUUCCCGGCCUCCAAGCUCAGCUCGCCUCAACCCGCUCGGCAAACAUCACCGAGACGGAGCACACCGUGACCCUUAGCACAGGCUUCCCAUCCCGCAUCCUCAUCUGCCACCCCACCACCACCGUCACCCAGCCCGCCGCCCCAUCCUCCGGGCCAUCCUCCAUCAUCCUCCUCUUCCACGGCGGCAUCCACGUCCUCGGCUUCCCCGAAUUUGACCUCAAACUCGCGCGCCAUCUCGCCCUCACCCACCACGCCACCGUCGUCCUCCCUUCCACCCGCAAAGCCCCCGAGGACCCCUUCCCCGCCAUGCUGCACGACGCCUGGGCGGCACUACAGGCCGUCGCGCACGACGCCGCGCUACCCCUAGGCGAACGUACACUACUCCCGCCCGGUGCGGACGCCGCCGCGGGGUUCAUCGUGGGCGGCGCGUCCUCGGGCGCGAACUUCGCUGAUGUUGUCGCUCACCAGGCACGCGAUGCUGGUCUGAGCCCGCCGCUGACGGGGCUGUUCUUCGCGUGCGGGGCGUUUAUGGAUGCCGGGCGGGUGCCGGUGCAGUAUAGGGGGCGGUACCUGUCGCGCGAGCAGAAUGCGGACGCGCCGGUGGUGGAUGGGCAGUUCAUCCGCGCGGUUACCGAGGCGGUGGCGCCGGACGUGGAAUCGCCGCUUUGGGCGCCGUUUGUGCAGGCUGGGUGUGAGGGGGAUGUGAAGAGGGGUCAUGUUGGGAUGCCGAAGGCGUAUUUUCAGGUUUGUGGGAUGGAUGUGAAUCGGGAUGAUGGGCUGAUCUAUGAGAGUGUGUUGCGGGAGGAGUGUGGUGUGCCGACGCGGCUGGACUUGUAUAGUGGGUAUCCGCAUUGCUGGUGGGAUAUGUAUCCGGAGUUGGAGGCGUCGAAGAAGAGGACUGAGGAUACUAUGGAGGGGUUUAAGUGGUUGUUGUCGAAGUGAGGGGUUCACGUCGGCGGGUGGACUUAAGGGGAAAUGGCGAGAAGGAGGAUAGAAGGGUGGCGGUAGUUCAGUUAAAAGGCGGCAAUGGCCAUGAGAUAUGCGAGACAGCCAGAUGAUUGGGGUGCCUCUCAUAGUAUCCCCAAUACGCACCCGAUAGUGGCUAAGUUACUUCCCGAUCUCGAGGUGGCUAUCACUCGCAAGGAGCGC